AUGGAUAACAACCAAGAUGCUCGUGACGGAGACGGCGGAGGGAAUUUGCAUCCCCUAUACACACCAGCAGCUUCCGUUCCGGAUCAGAUCGACAUCAUAGCAGUGCACGGCCUGAACGGCCACUACCUCAACACAUGGACCGCCACCGAGGCAGCCGCCAAACGCCGCAGUACUCUGUGGCUGCGGGAUCUGCUACCCCAGAAACUCCCCAACGCGCAUGUCCUGUCGUUCGAGUACGACGCCACGGCCUUUGGCAACAAAUCGGCCUUCGGCGUGCGCGAGAACGCCAAGGCAUUGCUGGCGGCGGUGAGGGACAUGCGGGACGAUCACGGAGACCAAGCGCGCCCUAUCAUCUUUAUAGGCCACAGCCUGGGAGGCAUAGUGAUCAAGCAGGUUAAGCUGCCAGCCAGCACCAACCCCCUUUUUUCUUGUGCUGACCACAUGUUCGGCCAGGUAUUCUUCGGCACGCCCCACCGGGGCGCAGACGCAGCCAGAUGGGGACACACGAUUGCAGACAUAGUCUCGACCGCGACGCACAGGCCGCCGGCGACCUUCCUCAAGACACUCGAGACCAACUCGGCGCAGCUGCUGCAAAUCUCGGAGGACUUCCGCCCGUCGGUGGACAGGUACGCCAUCGCCAGCUUCUACGAGCAGCACGCCCACCCUGCUCUUGGGACCGUCGUGGUCGACAAGUCGUCGGCGCUGCUGUGGCUCCCCAACGAAGAGGCCAACAUGAUGAGCGGCGACCAUUCGGCCAUGUGCAAAUUUGCAAAGGGCGACAGGCGGUUCGACCGCGUCUGGAGGACGAUCAAGAGGGUGUCCAGGGGGCGCGAGUGA